GCAGGCUCCAGGAGGGGGAAGCGAGCGUGACAUCUCGGGCUGGACCACAACACGUCGCUGCCGGCUUGAUCACAACGCUCAUCCGUGCUUCCGUGGGAGACGACCCGUCGGCACGCAAGCCUCGCUUCCUUUUUAAAACGACGUUUUGCGUCCUUUGCUGACUGCAUGUUGCAGCCACACACUGCCGCCUCCUGCGCAUCCUCACUUCGGCCCCGCCGCAUGCAGCCCGGGCGAGCAUGGACAGUCGCGUCCUCGAGCAUCACCCUCACGCCCACUUCGGGGGCCCCUUGGGCGGGCUGGUGGGCUUCCCGUAUCCGCUCGCUGCUCACCAUCAUCACCACCACCACCAUCAUCACCAUCAUCAGCAGCAGCAGCAGCAGCACUACGAGCUCGCCAGCGCGCACCAGCUGCAGUCGGCGGCCGCCGUCCCCUUCACCAUAGACGGAUUACUAAACGGUUCUUGCUCGGCCUCGGUGGUGAGCUCCAGCGCGCUCUUGUCGCCCGACGGCCAGUACAAACUCUCCGAUUCCGGGGACCCAGACAAAGAGAGUCCCGGUUGCAAACGGAGAAGAACCAGGACCAACUUCACCGGCUGGCAGCUGGAGGAGCUGGAGAAGGCCUUCAACGAGAGCCACUAUCCGGACGUGUUCAUGCGGGAGGCGCUCGCCCUCAGGCUGGACCUGGUCGAGUCCAGGGUUCAGGUUUGGUUCCAGAACCGACGCGCUAAGUGGAGGAAGAAGGAGAACACGAAGAAAGGGCCCGGGCGGCCCGCGCACAACUCUCACCCGACCACGUGCAGCGGCGAGCCCAUGGACCCCGAGGAGAUCGCCCGGCGGGAGCGCGAGCGCGCCGAAAAGAAGAAACGCAAACAGGAGAGGAAGUUGCUCAAGUCGCAGAGCAAACUUCUGCACGGCGACAGCUUCCACACGCCGGGCGGCUCAGAGAGCGACAGCGGCGUGUCGCAGUUCACCGACAGCGAGCAGCAGCCUUCUUCGGGCCCCGACGGGAAUAUUCACGGGGAGCCGCCACUGGCGUCCGGGGUCGCCCGAGGACACCGAACCGAAUCCAGCUGUGACCAAACCCCACACGACUUCAGCCAGCAAAACCAAAGAAGAGAAGCGGAGCGGGUUUCUCCGGCGAGCACGCGCGGCUCCGGCAGCCCGGCGGGUUCCAGAUCCUCGGCCCUGCAGAAGCGCAACCCUUUCAGCGUGGAGAGCCUCCUCUCGGACGCCACGCCUCGACGGAAACCUACCCCGGACUUCCCCUCGCUGCCCGCCCAGAGGACGCUGGUGGGCAAAGGCCACUUUUUGCUUUACCCCAUUACCCAUCAGCCCCUUGGCUUUCUCGUGCCCCAAACGGCCCUGAAGGCUUCGCCGUGUCAGGACGCCAUCGACAGACUUCGCCUCGAACAAUCACGCGCACCCACCGACCUCUCUUGCGCUCUCGCCAAGCCGAUCGCCGCGGAUCAUAAAACGCACCGCCGCCAUGGCGGUCCCGUUCGCAAUGGAGUCGACGCGGAGGAGGAAGAGGAGGAGCCAGCCGGCGAGAGUCCCGCGCUCGCCGAGUCUCAGGCAUCCUCGCGGUCUGCAGGGAGAGUCGGCGGGGAGGCGCUGACCGACGGCCGCCGAGGCGAGGAGCCGCGCGCAAAGGAGGAACUGGCGUCUCCGGCCCUCCCCGAGGGCCUCGGAGCAAACGCGGACUGUCGGGAGGCGCUCGAAACAGACGGCGAGGACGUGGAUAUGGACUAACACUUGUCGUCGGAGCGCACACACAAAGCGGCAUGCUCGGACGCCGCCAGAAAACAGGGCUACAGUCGGAGUGGACUGCCAGGUUAUGUUUCCGCGCUGUAU